UUAUUUAAAAUUAAUUUUCUUUUUUAAAUUUGUAUAACAAACCAACAUGAAGUUCAUUUUGGGUGUUAGUUUGGUAUUAAUUACGUUAACAACAUCGAUAAACGCAGACUCAGAUGUAGAACUCACAGGACCGAACGUGUGCAAGAAAUUAGAAGACUACAUACUAGAAGUUGUGAUAACUGAAAAACAGGCGUAUCAAGAACGAGAAAGUGUCUGGUGCUGGAGUGUACCGCCAAGAUGUUCAAAAUAUCGAAUCAAAUUUCGCACCGUCAAUAAAACACAAAACUUAACUAAAUCAAGAGUCGUCAAGGAAUGUUGUGCUGGUUACGGGAAAAACAAGAAAGGCGAUAUGUGCAUACCAAUUUGUACAGAAUGUAAGCAUGGUGAAUGUGUUGCACCUGAAGUGUGUCGAUGUGAUCCGGGAUUCGGAGGACCUGCUUGUGAUAUCAAUUGCCCGACGGGAUUCUGGGGACGUGAAUGUUCGAAGCGGUGUGAUUGCUUGAAUAAUUCAACUUGUGAUCAAGCUACAGGGGUUUGCAAUUGUGCCAAAGGAUUUAUUGGUGAAAAAUGCGAAAAUAAAUGUUCGCCUGAUCGUUUCGGUUUGAAUUGUACUGAAACAUGUCGCUGCAAAAAUGGAGGCAGUUGUCAUCACAUAUCUGGUAGCUGUAGCUGUGCUGCCGGUUUUACAGGACCACUCUGUGACGAAACAUGUCCGGAAGGAAAGCACGGUGAAGAAUGUGGACAAGAAUGUAAGUGCCAAAACGAUGGUAAAUGUGAUCCCCAGAAUGGAAAGUGUGAUUGUCCGGCUGGCUGGACUGGUGAUGUUUGUGCAAAUCGCUGUCAACCUGGAACUUAUGGUGUUAACUGUGGAAAUGUUUGUGAAUGUUAUAAUGGUGGUUAUU